UACAUCCAACUAGUUGUUCUGUGUAUUAUUUGAAAUUAAUUCAACUGAUUUAGAAAGGAAGACAUUAUUAUGCUGAAGUAAAAAUGACAGAUCCGUCAGUGGUCGUUGCAUCCGGCGUUGGCGAAGCAGAAGCAGGGAAUAAACACGAUGGCCGUGAAGCGAACGGUGGUCAGGAAGUAAACAGAAGUGCAGAAGUAGGCGGUUCUGUCGUGGAAUAUAAUAAGACAUCUAACAAUGUCUGUUCCGGUGAUAAACAACCUUCCAAAGGCAAAGGCCUGUCGGUCGCUUUCCCUGAUGAUUCUUUGGUAUUGGGGUACAUGGAACCUCCAAAUCCAUGGAAAAAUGUGCCAAUAUGUGAUACUGGAGACUUGUUAACAGCUUACAAAAAAGGCUGUAGCAUUAAUGGAGUCAACCCACUGACAAAAGUUCUACAGCAAAUCCAUGGCAUAGAGGAUAACAGUUCACGUUACGAAAUCCUCAGUCUAAAAGGGGAGAAGAUAGAUAUUCGACAUGUGGAAAGUCUGGAGGAAAUCUUCAGUCGGGUUCAGUUUAAAACCCUUGACUUUGAGGCAGCUCAUCUGGAUGACGAGAGUUCUGUGGCUUUGUUUGACAUGAUAGAAUACUACGAGUCAGCCUGCAAACUCAAUAUUUCCUUCAACAAAAACAUCGGAGUUAGGGGAUGGCAAUCAUGUGCAAGGCUUAUCAAAAAGACACCGUGUCUAGUACACCUGGAUGCUAGGAACUGUGAGCUGAAUGAGAGGAUGAUGCCAAUCAUUGGCCGCUCCCUCAAGGUGGGCUCCACCUUAACCACACUCCACCUUGAGAACACGUACAUGUCUGGACGGCCACUCCUUAUAUUAGUGGCUGCCCUCAAAAUGAAUGAAGUACUACAAGAAUUGUUCCUGGCAGAUAACAAACUGAUGCCAUCAGAUGCCAUUCAACUGGGAAAUUUGCUGAAGUUUAAUCAAAAACUGUACCUCCUAGAUCUCAGAAACAACCAUUUACAGGAUGUUGGCGUGGGCCACCUGAGCGAUGGGUUAUAUGAGCAGAAUCUGGGUCAAGGCCUGAAUACCUUAGUACUGUGGAAUAACCAGAUCACAUACCAAGGCAUGCCGGCUUUGGCUAGGGCACUGGGCUCAACAGAAAGUCUGGAGACACUAAACCUAGGACACAACAGCAUCACAAAUGAGGGGAUAUACCGCUUGAAAGAGGGCCUGUUGAAAAACAAGUCCCUGCUGAGGAUCGGAUUACAAUGUACAAAGAUAACCUGUGAAGGUUCUGUGGCUUUGGCAGAAUAUGUGGCUGACAGUAGACAGUUGUUGCGUCUGGACUUGCGAGAGAAUGAUAUCAAAACUGCUGGCCUUAUGGCCCUGUCUCUGGCACUGAAAGUCAACGAAACUGUAACAAAGAUGGAUGUAGAUAAAGACAUCAAAAAAGACUCAGGAAUGAAGGAUUACGCUGAUCAGCAAAGGCGACUUCAAAUGGACAUCAACAAUUUUCUGAGUCGUAACAAGGACCUUGCAUUGAAACGAGAAGAGGAGGAGAGGCGCAAGAUGGAAGAGAGAGCAAUAGAAAACACUCGAUUAAAGCAGCUGGAAGAGGAGCAAGCAACCAUGGCAGAAAAUGUAGUCGCAGACUCAAUUGAAUAUAUACCAACCUGCACAAAAAUUCGACGACCAAACCUGUUAUUCCCUGUGGACUGUCCGCAGCAAACAUUAGACUCCCCUGGGCUUGGAGGUACAUUUAACCUGGACCAUUGGCCAGACCCUCUGGUUGACAUCCCUCUCUCACCAGAUGUGAGCGGGGCUAAUCAGCUGGUGUCUCCACCCCCAGGGGAGCUACUUCUCAGCCCACAGUACUGCGUUAGAACUAAAGCUAAGAAAUUGUUUACUGUGAGUAAAGUUGGCACAGGAUCUGUGUCCCCCAUGAAGACAUGUUCAGCUACCACUCCUAGCUCUGUGUCCGUGUUACCCAGUGCACUGCCCGGGCCCACGUCACCUAUUAAUGUAUUGUCGGCCAUGCAGCCAGAGUUUUCUCAGCCAAGCCCAGAGAAUCGGAUUGAUGGCGCGGAAAUAGCCCCCUCGCAUAAUGUCCACACACUCAUACACCAGAUCAUCAGUGAAGCAGUCGACAUGCAUCAGAAGGGACUGGACAUAGACAUUUCAUCCAGUGAAUCACACAUUGAAAAUAAAAUUGAUAUAGUAGUGACAGAAAUGGAAGAGUCAUUGCUGUCGUCGAAUAGGAAAAGUUCUCAGGGAUCAGUGGCUGCGCAAAAGUCACUUGACAGGACUUUGUUGGUGAAUGGACUUGAUCAAAUUCACGCGGAGAGUAACAGGUUGGCUUCUAAUGGAAGUUCGAGCUUGGUUAAUGGUGGUGAGCUCAGUACCUCAGGCUCUGGUGCUACAACGACGACAACGUCCUCAGACUCCCCCUCCUCCGUGAGUCUGGGAACUGCCAAGGCACAGCUGUCUAAUGAUAGAGGGAGUGUGUGUAAUAAUAAUAAUGGGAUGUUACCCAAAGACUCAUCUGGGCGUGGUAAAGUGCUAGACAGUUCAGGUACUGGUCACCGAGGAUUGGUAGACCCUACUCUACCAGAUUUACAAACAAAUCUGACAAUAAAUGGCAUGACAAGAGAGUUGGCCAGUGUCUUAGAUACAUUAGAUUUAACCCAACAGACCAGCAAGACUGCUAGUGCUAAUUCCCUGGAGGAUGCAACCACCCCAGAUGAGUUUGAGAGGGAGUUAGAUGCCAUGCUAGCCUCAGUCAGUGGGGGUAAGGUCUUCAACACAUCUACAGGACUGGCUGAUCUCCCAGCCGAUAGAGUGCUACAUGAAGCAUUACAGAACUCUACACAGACCUAGUCUUUCAAAUACCUUUACCUGACAUGUGCAGAGAAAAAGGAAGGAUUAUAAAUACAGGAGAUAGCCACUUGACUUCACUAAAGACUGGAGGAUGUUGUUUGGGAAGCAAGAGACAUGUACAUAUAGCGAGUGUGGUGUGAAGAUUGAAUGCGGACUAAACUUUGAUGACUUUUCAAACUGGAUGAACUAACUACAUGUACAUGUAUGUUGAUCAGAUUCAUUUGCAUGUCGGCAAGUGUUCAUAACAUACAAAAUCGUUUUUUGCCAUAGUGUAUCAUAUCCUAUUGGUUGUUGUUAU